AUGCAUUUCCCGGCCUGAGACUGGAUGCACCGGAAGCGUCUGCAGCCAGACUGUUUUGCACGUCUCGCGAGAUUUGAGUUGUUGCAGGAAGUUACCGCUGGAGCGAGCUUUCAAACGCGAGGAGUUUGUUUCUUGUCGAGUAGCACACAGAAAGUAGCUGAGUGUUGUAAGUGUAAAAACAACAAUGCCUCGUCCUUGCGCAUAUCCCAAUUGUAGAAACAAAAUGUCGCGCUACAACCCACGGAGCUUUCACAGACUCCCCUAUUCUGACAUGGAGACACUGAAGUCGUGGCUAGUUGUGCUACAAAUGGAUGCUAACACUCCUGUAGCCACACUGCGCCUUGCCGACCAUCGGGUCUGCGGUGAUCAUUUUGACCGGGAUGACUACUGCCAGACCAAGAAGACACCCAAUCCUAAGCUCCUUCGCCUAAAGAAAAAUGCGGUUCCAAGAGUGGAGGUUUCAGAAGCAUCCAGCUCUGUAGCGAUGGAGGUGAUGGGGCUCCAGAGGGGGUUGAAUCACUUGCUGUGUAUGGACGUGGAUGUUGGUGUUAUGAACACAGAGAGAUCACCAUCCAUCGGGAAAGUCAUGAGUGAUACCGACACCAAUAUCCACCACAAAUUCAACCCCUGGCAUGCCUGCAAGAGGGAGGCAACCAUUGAUCCAGAGAGUCCAGACUUCGCUCCCUCUUUGCUCACUUACCCAAGUGAGAGUCAGUGUAUGGAGGCUCCAAAAAAACUGGACAGGUUCACUAGGAAGAGAAAGAGAAAGAGAAAGCGGUCUGAAACCAUCAGCAACUCCUCUCUGGCUGACACAUCGGACUCUAUCACUGCAGCUCAGGUGUCUUCCACUGUGGAGCCAACAUCAGACUCUCAGCCUCCAGACUGUCAAGAGGAGCUUACUGACUGCUUGGUGGCCUUCACUGCGACUGUCUCGGACCACACUGACACCUCAAGCUCCGCACCUCCCGCUGACCCACCUUGCCGCUCAGUUCACACACGUUGGAUGGACCCUACACGACAAGAUCAUGAUUAUUGCAAGAAGGCCAACGGAAAAGAUGUGCACGAUAAGACGACUCAGGUUGAUGAGUUUGGGUACUUCAUUCUUCAAAAUGACGCGGAUGCUUUGCUCCACACUGGUAUACCCUUGGAAACAUUUAACAUCCUUGUGUCAACACUUGAAGGACAUGCUUACAGUGCAUUUACGCUGUCUGUGCGAGAUCAAGUUCUCAUGACACUUAUGAAAUUAAAGACCAACUGUGAGACAGACGAUCUGAGCAGACAGUUUUAUGUGUCACAGGGCAUGGCUAGCAGGGUAAUCUCAUAUUGGAUUGACAAACUGGACCAAGUUUUGCGACCUCUAAUUCCAUGGCCUCCAAAAGAAACUCUUCAAGCAACCAUGCCCGGAGCAUUUAAGAGGAACUUUCCGGAUACGACAUGUAUUUUAGAGUUCAGUCAGAGCCGGUUACAAAAACGCAAGAACCCUGAUUCGUAUAAGACAGUGAAAUACCAGGUGGCUGUCGCCCCAUGUGGACUAAUCAUGUUCAUCUCUGCAAUAUAUGAAAGGCGAUGCAAUGACACAUUCAUAACCAAGAACUCGGGAAUAUUAGACUUCUUAAAGCCUGGAGAUGAGGUCAUGGCAGUUCGAGGUGUCACCAUAGAAGAUUUGCUGUUUGAGAAAGAGGUUAAGUUGGUCGUUCCAUCUUUCACGGAAAAAGGUCCAGCUAAGGAACGGGUGAGAGUCAGUAGACGAAUAGAACAUCAAUUUGAAAGAGCAGUCGGACGUUUGAAAAUGUAUAAAAUCAUAUCACAGGUUGUUCCGAACGCCAUGGCCCAGAAAAUAAGCAAGAUUCUGAGAAUAUGUGCUGCUCUUGUCAAUUUAAGGGAGGAUCUCAUGCGUGACUCACAUUGAUUUAGCACAGUGGUUCCCAACUGGUUGCUGCAGCUUUUGUUUUUUUUGCUAGAAUUUCUAUGUAAUCAAUCGACAGUGAAUUUACUUAUUUUAUUAAUUUGACAGUAUCCAGUCCCUAAAAUGUUGAGGCAUUACCCUCUGGUUGAGGGGGAGAGGUUGUCAGCAAGUAGUUUGUUGGGCACAGGGAAACAGAGAUCUGUUUCCCUGUUCCCUAAAAAAGAGGGUGGGUCAUGGGGAGUACCACCAGUUGGUCCAGGAGCUUCUUCUCCAUGAUGGCAGUUUCCAAGCAUAUUUUAGGAUGACUCAGGGGCAGUUUGACAACCUGCUGUCUAUCAUCAGGUCGUAUAGCUCUGGGUAUCCAGCAGCCUCUACCACCAGUUUCUCCUCCAUUGUUUACCAACUGUAAACUUGUUGUCGUGACCACCACAGAAGGUCCGCCACUCAAAUCAUCUGAUUGGACAAUGGAAGAAAAGCUGAGAUGACGUGGAGCACUUUUCCGCUAUGAGUUGAAGUUUUUUCAAGUCGAGGACUUCGGAGCUCUCCAGCAAAAAGCUUUAUUCUCAUUAAAAACAAUCACAAAAAGCCGCCUCCAGCUGCUAAAACGCUUUCUGUGUGAUCAGGGCCUGAGUCAUUAGUUCAAGGUCCACGCAGUUUAAUACAUUCAGCAUCAUACUUGUGUUUGGCCAUGUUGUCGAGCUAGUUUGCUGUCUCUGUUAGGUAACUGUCCCUUUGUCAGUCACUCUACAGCAGAUAAAAGCUCUGUGCCAGAAAUUCACUGUAUUUAAAAAUAUAUUGUGUUUUUACAAAUGUGACACGUUUCAGAGUCACUUUGGGUCCAUUCAGAAUAGACCCAUGACCCCCCUUUGGACUGCGACCAACCAGCUGGGAACCACUGACUUUGCAGCCUUUGCAACGUGCCAGUCAAAUCACCAGUACUGCCCUCUUCCACAUAAAAAACAUAGCUUGUCUCCGCCCAUCACUCUCCCCCACCGCUGCUGAAACUCAUCCAUGCCUUCAUCUCAUCCAGAACUGACUACUGUAACAGCAUUCUGUAUGGUGCAUCAUCCAAACUCCUAAAUAAACUCCAGUACAUCCAGAACUCUGCUGCCUGUCUGCUCACCCAUUCCCACUGGCUUCCUGUCCCACAACGCAUCCAAUUCAAAGUCCUUCUCCUCACCCAUAAAGUUCCCUCCUACCUCACUGACCUGCUCCACCGCCGCACUCCUUCUCGUAGCCUCCUCUCCUCUGAUGCCAACCACCUGACUCCUUUUGAAAAGAUGAGUUUUGAGUAGUGAAUUAUGUCGUGUGGUGAAUGAUGUCGUGUGUAUUUUAGUGUAGUCUAUUUUAUGAUCAUUUUCAACCUAUGUAAAGUGUCUUUGAGUACCAUGAGAAGUGCUCUAUAAAUAAAUGUAUUAUUAUUGUUAUUAUCAGUACAGCCAAGUUUGACCACAGUUCAAGAUCAGUGAUUGACAACUGCAUUAGAAACUCCCCUGGUCUGCUCUGGUCAUCUGUCACAUACAGUACAUCCAGAAAGUGUUCACAGCGCUUCACUUUUUCCACAUUUUGUUAUGUUUCAGCCUUAUUCCAAAAAGUUUUUUGAGAUUUUUGCAAAGUUAUUAAAAAUAAAAACUAAGAAAUCACAUGUACCUAAGUAUUCACAGCCUUUACUCAGUACUUUGUUGAUGCACCUUUGGCAGCAAUUACAGCCUCAAGUCUUUUUGAAUAUGAUGCCACAGGCUUGGCACACCUAUCUUUGGGCAGUUUCGCCCAUUCCUCUUUGCAGCACCUCUCAAGCUCCAUCAGGUUGGAUGGGAAGCGUCAGUUCACAGCCAUCUCUCCAGAGAUGUUCAAUCGGAUUCAAGUCUGGGCUGUGGCUGGGCCACUCAAGGACAUUCACAGAGUUGUCCUGAAGCCACUCCUUUGAUAUCUCGGCUGUGUGCUUAGGGUCAUCGUCCUGCUGAAAGAUGAACUGUCUCUUGCUGCAUUCAUCUUUCCCUCUAUCCUGACUAGUCUCCCAGUUCCUGCCGCUGAAAUCAUCCCCACAGCAUGAUGCUGCCACCACCAUGCUUCACUGUGGGGAUGGUAUUGGCCUGGUGAUGAGCGGUGCCUGGUUUCCUCCAAACAUGACGCCUGGCAUUCACGCCAAAGAGUUCAAUCUUUGUCUCAUCAGGCCAGAGAAUUUUGUUUCUCAUGGUCUGAGAGUCCUUCAGGUGCAUUUUGGCAAACUCCAGGUGGGCUGCCAUGUGCUUUUUACUAAGGAGUGGCUUCCGUCUGGCCUCUCUACCAUACAGGCCUGAUUGGUGGAUUGCUGCAGAGAUGGUUGUCCUUCUGGAAGGUUCUCCUCUCUCCACAGAGGAACGCUGGAGCUCUGACAGAGUGACCAUCAGGUUCUUGGUCACCUCCCCUGACUCAGGCCCUUCUCCCCCGAUCGCUCAGUUUAGACGGCCGGCCAGCUCUAGGAAGAGUCCUGGUGGUUUUGAACUUCUUCCAUUUACGGAUGAUGGAGGCCACUGUGCUCAUUGGGAACUUCAAAGCAGCAGAAAUUUUUCUGUACCCUUCCCCAGAUAUGUGCCUCGAGACAAUCCUGUCUCGGAGGUCUACAGACAGUUCCUUUGACUUCAUGCUUGGUUUGUGCUCUGACAUGCACUGU